CCCCCAGGGGGCGGGGCGCUGGGGGCCGCGCCGCCACGGACGCCGCCCCUCGUCGCGCGGCGGGGGUUAUGCCGCAGGGACGCCGACCGCUCCAAGCAGAUGAUCUGUUCUUUAAAGCUGUGCAGAUUAUAUACUGCGGAUGGAAACUAUCAAGGCUUAUAAUGUCAAAAAUUUCUCUUAGAAGAAAAGUAGUUCCCACAAAGGUAACUGAUUGGGUACAGCCUUCAUUCAACGAUUCUGCCGGGAACGCAAACAUCUCUACGCUUUCUGCUACGUCAUUAGGAGUAAAUGGCACACAACAGAGGAAAAAAGAUUUACCUUCCACAUUAGAAAGUAGCAAGUAUAGAUUUCCAGCUAGAAAAAGAGGAAAGUCUUCGGAACAAGUUUGUGAUCAGUCAAAUUCAAAUCGAAGCCUGUCCGAAAAUGAAACUUGGGUGGAUAAAUAUAGACCAGAAACUCAGAGUGAACUUGCUGUGCAUAAGAAGAAAAUUGAAGAAGUUGAAACCUGGUUAAAAGCUCAGAUCCUAAAGGGGCAACCAAAGCAGGGUGGAUCUAUUUUAUUGUUAACCGGUCCUCCAGGAUGUGGAAAGACCGCCACUUUGCAAAUCCUUACUAAGGAUCUUGGUAUUCAGGUGCAAGAAUGGAUCAAUCCAGUUUUCCUGGACUUCAGAAAAGAUGACUUCAAGGAUAUGUUUAACCCUGAAUCCAGUUUCCAGGCAUUUCCUACUCGAUCACAGAUGACUGUUUUUCAAGAGUUUAUAUUAAGAGCGAACAAAUACAACAAACUACAGAUGGUUGGGGACUCGCUGGAUACAGAUAAGAAGCUUAUUCUUGUUGAAAGACUUAAGCAAAGAAAGAGGUGCAUCUCCAUAACAGUGGAGGCGGCGGCAUCUAUUGAGCUCACGGAUAUGCCUAAUCAGUUUUAUCGAGAUCCUAGUGGGUUACAUGAAAUUCUGAGGAGGUUUGUGCAGAUAGGACGAUGUCCUCUUGUGUUUAUAAUCUCCGAUAGCCUCAGCGGAGAUAGUAGCCAGAAGCUCUUAUUUCCUAAGGAGAUCCAAGAAGAAUUAUCUGUAUCCAACAUUAGCUUCAACCCCGUGGCCCCAACGAUUAUGAUGAAAGUUCUUAACCGGAUAGCAACAGCAGAAGGAAGUCUGAAGGGAGGAAAAGUUGUUCCUGAUAAAACUUCUUUAGAGUUGAUUUGUAAAGGAUGUUCUGGUGAUAUUAGAAGUGCAAUAAACAGUCUCCAGUUUUCUUCUUCAAAAGAUUAUUCAGUAGAAAGCAAUCCAUGGUCAAGGAAAAAAGGGCUGCCGUCGUUAAAAUCUGACACUGCAUCAUCGAGAGCAAAGCAGAGAAAGAAAGCUGAAGGAUCUUUAGAAAACCAAGAAGUCCAAGCUAUCGGUGGCAAAGACGCAUCUCUCUUUCUUUUCAGAGCUUUAGGGAAAAUACUUUAUUGUAAAAGAGAACCGCUGAAGGAGUUCAAAUAUCCGCGAUUACCUUCUCACUUGACAGAAUAUGAACGUGAUCCGCUAGUGAUGCAGCCUGAGGAAGUUGUAGAAAAGUCACACAUGGCCGGAGAACUCUUCAAUUUAUACCUACACCAAAAUUACUUAGAUUUCUUCACAGAAAUAGAUGAUAUUACGAGAGCCAGUGAAUACCUGAGCACUGCUGAUGUUCUUAGUGGUGACUGGACUUCACGAGCUAUUCUCAGGGAAUACAGCGCAUCGGUAGCCACAAGAGGUGUGAUGCAUUCCAACAAAGCCCGAGGAUUUGCCUGCUGCCAAGGAGGAGCAAGUUUUCGUCCCUUACAUAAACCUCAGUGGUUUCUAAUAAAUAAAAAGUAUCGAGACAACUGCCGGGCUGCAAAAUCCCUCUUUUCCAACUUCUGUUUGCCACCUUUAUGCCUUCAAACAUUGCUCUUGCCAUAUCUUGCUCUGCUGACUAAUCCAAUGAGAAACCAAGCUCAGAUCGCUUUCAUCCAAGAUGUUGGAAGACUUCCCCUAAAACGGUACUUUUCCAGGUUGAAAAUGGAAGCUCUGACUGAUAAGGAUCAAGGAAUAACGGACCCAGACAGUGAUGACGAAGCCAACCGUGAGGGCGGGCAGCCUACAGAGACGUUUCUACACCUAGACAAAUGUGAAACGGAACCCAGAGGAUCUUCUCCACCUUCAAGCCAGACGACUGGAAACGAACUGCCAGCCAGUCAACCUCAACCUGCAACUGCCCAGGGAAUCAUGAAGGACGAGGAGAUAAUAAUAGAAGACUAUGAUAGUGACUGAUCGAAGCCACAUACGGAUGCCCCCCCACCCACCCCCGACCCCACACUGGUCAGAUGCCGUUGGCAGGUUCUGUUUGUGUUAUCCAGUAGUCAGUGAAAUUUAUUUGAAGGGGUUUUUUUUUUUUUUAACACUGUUCACUAGCAGUUGCCCACUUGCAGAAUAUUAAAAGUAAUAAAUAUUCCUUUACAUGGGAACAACGGUGACUCUUACCGGAUUGAUGAAUAAGAAUGACCUUAGCGUGGUGGUCAGUGUCACCUUCGCGUCAUCAAAAUUAUUCACCGUCUGAUGUGCGGAAGCUCAAAGUGUUUUGAAAACGAUGGGGAAUAUCUGUAAUUAUUGGAAACAAUAUGAUGGUGGACUACAUUCAAAUGACUUUAUUUUUUGCUAGUAUUUAAUUAGCCUUGUAGCUGUACAGAGUGUCCUGUUGGGGGGAGAGAAGCAGUCUUUUUUAUAAGAGUCUGUUUAAAGGAUGUGGAAAAUGGAGAAUUCAGAACGUACAAACUUCAUUUGGGGAGGAAAUGUAAAUAAAAACUGUAAAAGUUGAGGGUCGAACAAUUCAAGAUGUAAGUAAACUUCCCCGUGCCUCAUCCCUGUGGGUUUUUGGCCUCGAGAUCUUUUUCUGAAUGUUCAAAAAAAUGAAAUCCUCUGUUGUACAGUAGAUUACUUUUAGAUACUUAAAGGGAGCAAGGAUUCACCUAAUUUAUAUGAAGAAAAUUAAAAGCUAUGGAGAUGA